AGCGCGAAUCACCUGUCACUCUCGCUCGAGCGCACCUGUCGCAUCGUCCUAGACGUUUUCGCCCUCACCUUUAUUUUACUCUUUGGUCUCUACAUCUUUGCCCGCAUCGGCAAGGCCGCCCAGAUCCCGCCGUGCUUGGAGCAAAAAGUCCGCGUCUGUGAGAAAACAGAUUGAGAUGGAGCCUUGAAGAAGAGUCACCUCGGGAGUUUCUGGAAACGGGAGGAAAUAUCCGCGAAGUGAAGAACGGGACGUUAGAUUCUCUCUGCCGAGGGUGGGGUGGCCAGAUCAGACAGCAAGAUCAGUGCCAAAACCCUGUUUGAGCAACGAAAGAAGUACUCAAACUCCAACGUCAUCAUGCAAGAGACGUCGCAAUACCAUGUGCAGCAUCUCUCUACGUUCGUCAUGGAUAAAUCAGAGUCCAUUGCUACAGUAGAUGACGCGAUUAAGAAGCUGAAGCUGCUGGACUCCAAAGACAAAAUUUGGACACAGGAAAUGCUGCUGCAGGUGACGGACAAAUCUAUCAAACUCCUGGACUGCGAGACCAAGGAAGAGCUUGAAAACUUUCCUCUGGCCACAGUCCAUCAUUGUCAGACGUUGCUGAACCAGACCAGAUAUCCAUCCGUCCUUAUGAUCAUCUGUCAGGACAAUGAACAACACAAACCAGACAUUCACUUCUUCUACUGCGACGAAGUGGAGGCCGAGAUGGUGCACGCUGACAUUGAUAGCGCUCUGGGAGACAACACACGCGGCAAGAAGAUGCGACCGCAGACGCUAAAGUUGAACCAAGAAAAGAUGAAACACCAACGGGAGAGCAUCAUCCCGGCCUCCGAGCCUAGAAGUCCUGGCCCUGGGGUCAAAGGUCGCGUAGCAGCUACGGACAUGAAAGAUGAACAGACGAUGCAGGACCCCGAGUCCAGUAUGAAACUGGCCCAGCGGAUUGAAAAGGACGUGCAAAUCCUGAACUGCUCUCUAGACGACAUCGAGAUCUUCGUUGCACGUCUUCACAAAGCAGCAGAGGCUUUCGCGCAACUCAACCAGCGCAACAGGAGCAAGAAAAACAAAAAGAGAGGACCGGCAGAGGGAGUGCUAACUCUACGAGCGAAACCUCCAUCGGAAGGCGAGUUUAUCGACUGUCUUCAGAAGCUGAAGCUCUCUUUCAAUCUGUUGGCCAAACUGAAGAAACACAUCCAGAACCCCACUGCUGCAGAGCUCGUGCACUUCCUGUUCGGUCCUCUGGAGCUGAUACUGCAGAGCAGCGGCAGUCCCGAUCUGCCGCGUGCCGUCCUCUCUCCUCACCUGUGCCGGGACACCGUGGACUUCCUGAGAGGACACCUGACCCCUAAAGAGAUGACCAUCUUUGAGCUGCUGGGAGAUGGCUGGACGCGGCCCAGAGCUGAUUGGCCGAGAGAACAGUGCGCUCCUCUGUACGUCCCAAAGUUCCGGAACGGCUGGGAGCCGCCGCUGGAGCUGUUCCGCUCGUCGCCGUGGGAGACGGAGAGCGCCGGAGCGCCGGUGCAGACCGAAUACAGACCCAAAGAGUUCUACGGAUCACAGUCAUCGCUCUCUUCAAACGGGUCUUUCUCGACGACUACUGCUUCUCGCAAGUACGCAAAGAUCCGCUAUCACUUCGUGGCACGUAACGUCAACGAGCUGUCGGUGCUUCAGGAUGAAAUUCUGGAGGUGUUGGAGGAUGACAAGCAGUGGUGGAAGCUGAGGAACCGAAGCGGACAGGCGGGAUACGUGCCCUAUAAUAUCCUGGAUGUGGUGAAACUGGAGGACCCUCAAACUACGAUGGACCCGCCGUACAGUCCAGGAAUACCUUACAGUCCGUCUUACAGAGGACAGUCUCCCUCCGGCUCUCUGGGCAGUGACAAAGACAGUCACACUCAGCAGAUGGAUAAAGUGAACGAUGAGCUGCUCAUGUUGAUCAGCGGGAACAAGCUCCAGCAGCCCACCAGAAACUUCAAGGUGGUCCGUCAGUCUACCGUCCCGCUGGCGUUCGACUCCAGCCCGGCCGAGGUCACCACCUGGCUCAACGCCAAGGGCUUCUCCAAACCGACGGUGGAGCGUCUGGGCAUCCUGACCGGAGCUCAGCUCUUCUCUCUGAAUAAAGAUCACCUGAAGGCCGUGUGUGGAGACGAGGGAUCUCGCGUCUACAGCCAGAUCACGGUCCAGAAAUCACAACUAGAGAAGAGUCGAGGAGAUUCAGAACUGCAGGAGAUCCUGAUUAAACAACAAGAGAAAAUUUCAUCUGCCUCCUAAACUAAGACUGUCAAUCAAACAGUCCCCUGGCAACAGUAACCGUCAACCCAACCCACCAAUCAAGUUCUGCCACACGUCGACCAAACGCCUAAUCCAAGAUAUUUUUUAAUUGUAUAUUUAUUGUUGGUGCUUUUUAUCGUCAGUGUAUGUACGGAUCUCAUUGCAGUUUAUCUCGUUCAUGCUGAAAAAUACUUGCUACUCUUUAUUGCAUGAAAACCAUGUACUGGUGAAUCUCAGGAAAACAUGUACAGGUCACGCUUCGAAAUUAAAAAACGAUAAAGCAUAAAAAUGCUAAAAAGCAUUUUAGCGUCAUUUUAACUCAAAGCAGACUUUCUUUAAAGUUUUUACGCAAUUCAGAAUGAUUAAAAAAAAUAUAACGAAUAGCAGUACGGUGAGAAAAUCAAAAGAAAAACGACUAUUUUAGGGCUACUUUUUUAUUAUUAUUUCAUUUCAUUUCAUCCGCUUUCUCAAAUGCACGCAUUUUUGAUCGUUCCGUGUUUUAGGUAAAAAGAUGUUCUAGCGCACGUUUCUUUCGGUGACCCGUACAUGUUGCCCGGAGAGAUUGGGCCGUGUUUUAAAGACGGACUGAGCCGAGUGAAUGUUUCCUGGGGUUUGAUAGGAUGAGUGCAUCCGUGACAGCGGUUUUUGAAAGAGACAAAAAAAAUGUAAAUAAUGUGCUAAAUUCACGCACGCACGUUCCGAUGCUGACCGUCACGCGAGAACAGCGCGUUUAUCAGCUGGAUUCAUGCACGUCUUCUUUUUUUAUUCGCGUAAAGGGCAUUUAGAGGCUUACAGCACGUGCUUCGAUCGCAAUAGAGACACUUUAAAAAGACACAGAGAUGAGACUUAAUCAGUUUAAUCGGAUACCAAUAGUAGGAAAUCAAUAUAUUAAACCGGAAGUGCAACCUUUUAGUAUUAUCCUCUGCUAGUUUCUCCAAAUGUUAUUUAUAAAAAAAAAAAUAAAAAAAUCACUGUAUUGUAAAUUUCAGAAAUAAAGUGACUACUAAAAAGA